GUGCUCAGUAGAUCUCAGGUUUCGGAAGUGGAAACACGUGUCUCUUUCGUCGUGUGUGCCGUGUUUACCCGCAGAUGUAAUUUUCCUUCAGCGUUACGCGAUUUUGUUUAUGUGAAAUUUAAGAAUUACCCACGGAAAAAAAAAGAAAGAAGGAGAAAAUAGAUAAACUGUCCGCUUUUAAGAGUGAUGUAAGAGUGCGAUAGUAAGCCAGCGUGAAGCGAGCGUGAAGCAAGCGUGUGCAAUAAAGAGUGAAACAACAAGGUCGGCAGUGGCCAGGCAGCGCGUGGUGCCCUUCUUCCCCGCUCGGCUUGGAAUCAAGGACGUGGCUGGUCAGAAGCGCCGUGAGUUGCGGGCUCCUGUCGCGCUCUCUCCCGCCCGGUCGCUCGCUGCUUUUGCCGUUAUUCGGGCGUCAUUUUUUGGGCGUGUCCUCCUCGGGGAUUGGCGUCCUUCGGGAAGAAGAGAGGGACCUGCUUGAGUCCCUUUUUCCCUACCCCUACCGUCGAGCGAGAGGUCAUCGAAGGGAAGGAAGUCGAGGUCGGAAGAAAAGAGAAUUGGAAGAGAGAUAGAGAAUUGACGAGAGAGAGAGAAGGGCGUGGAAGCGAGGCUUGCCUUAUCCACGCUGUUUUGGAUUGGCUCUCUCGUUCUCUUUCUCGCCCUUUUCCCCUCGCUUUUUUUUGGUCCCUGACGCUCCGACCGGACCGCGGAGGGCGUGGUCCGCGUGGAUUCCUCUUGCCAAGCGCCACCCGAACGCGAGCCAGGGACCCUGCAGUAACACGCUCGAGGACGUCUGCUUACCGGUCCUCCACCAGCUGCAUGUGUUAGUGAUGGUGUGGCAAGGGCUGAGGGCUCCGGGCGGGGAGGGACAUGAGGUCUUCGGUGAGUGUCAUCCUCUCCAAUCCUCCGCCCGACACCACGAUGAGUUACCCAGACUACUGCACCAACCCGCACCACCACCAGACCCUGCUGGUGCUGGUCAGGCAAGUGGGGUCCCAGUUGAAGAGCCGUUCUUUCCAAAAACUGUACGAGCGCAUUAGCCGUGUUGGCCAUGUUAAGGUCAGUGACUCAAAUGGGUCCCAGCGACCUGUGUGGGUCACUUACCGAAGGGAAUACCCAGUCGAGAACAAUGACUGGGGAGAUUUCCAGACUCACCGUAGAGUUCUUGGCAUCAUCACAAUAGGUCAAGUUGGAAGCCAGAGUGACCUUAAUGAUAUCUGCAAGCAACAUGAGAGUCUCAAAGUCAAAUACUCGUCAACUCUCUACGAUUCUCGCUGUAUCAUCCUGGGGCUUAACCCUGAUGGUACCAUAUAUGAAGCAGACUCACGCAACCCUUCAAGGGGCACUUCUCCAGAGCCUAAUGGAGGCAUUGAUGGAGGGUCCCACCCACCAACCAUCAACGGCCAUGCACAGUCUACACACAUCAAGAAAAUCUCUGCCGGAAGCACGGACAGGGAUAGUGGGGUGUACGAGACAGUCAGUAGUGAAGACAAACCCACUGAUUCUGAUAGUCACUCUGAGAGUCCUCAGGGGUUGUCUGAAGGUAUGAUGGACCUUAAGAUAGACACAAACCAUGUUAAUGGGUCAGACUCAGGAAGUGAAAGUACAAGCGAAGUUGGUUGUUGCGAUGACAGCAAAAUGGAUUCCCCAAGGGACUCUGCAGUUGACUCAGCCCCUGACUCGGCCCACGAUACCAGUCAGUCAUCCAUUAGCACAUCAGCAUCCCAGUCAUCUAGACUGUCUCUCCAACCGCCAUCAAACUUCAAGACUCGUGCUCUCUUUUAUCCAACCAGUGAACAUGCUGUGAACAUAGAAAGUCAGCUGCAAGAGUUUGUCAGCUCACUCUUCUGGGUGCUGGAGUCUAAGCGCCUAGACAAGAGUCAGGAGAAGCUAGAGCGUCCGCCUCUGCUCUGUGCUCCCUUUGAACGCAAGGAUUUCAUUGGCUUGGACAUGGACUCAAGGACUAACAAAAAACGUUGUGUAGGUCGCUUAAGAAAACAGCUUGCAGACUUGACAUUGCAAGCAGGGUUACCAACUGAAGCCAUUGUACACUACAGUCACGCUGCUGACACAUUGCGUAAUUGUAAUGAUUGGCUCUGGUUGGCUGCUUGCUUUGAAGGCUUAUGUGCAGCAUCUGUCGUUAUGCUGUACCCUAAUCUGCGCAGGAGCUUUGGCCUCCAGCGCUAUUCCAGCCUAGGUGUUGGGGGGAACCAAGGAGGCUCGGGUGGGAUAGGAAACAGAAGUCGAAAUGGUGCUGUCAACACUAACUCCUUGCCCACUGGCUUGGAUCCGACAAUUGUAAAACAGACCAGCAAACACUGUCUCUCUCCAGACGACAUCAUUGACAAGUACCGUGAAGCCAUCGUCCAUUACAGCAAGUACCGUAAUGCAGGGGUAGUUGAAACAGAAGCAAGCAUCAAAGCUGUACAUGUCCUCAUUGAACAGAAGAGGUACCUGAUGGCAGCAGAAUUUCUCUCCAAUGUGGUCUUCAUCAACUUGCAACUCUCUGACGAGGAGAAGAUUGCGCGAUUCAAUGCCCUGGCAGAUUUGUACCAUCAGAUAGGAUUCCAUAGAAAGGCUUCCUUCUUUAGGCGCGUGGCCGCCAUGAGAUGUGUUGCCCCACAGAACCAGCAGCCAGACUGGGGUCAGUGCUAUCGCUUGCUCCUGCAGACUCUGGAGGGCUACAAGAUCUCGUUGGAUCCUCUGGAAUUCCGUAAAGAUGGUAGUCAGGGAUGGCCAGCACUACAGAUCCAGAUCCUACAGGAGUUAGUAGGCACAUCCCGUCGCAUGGGACAAAAUGCUCUGUGUACACGUCAUCAGGCAUUCUUGGUUUGUGCUAUGCUGCCGCACUUGAGUGAGUCUGAGCGCAAGGAGACGGCCAACAUGCUUGAGUCCCUGAGCGCACGGAGUGGGAGUGGGCCUGCCCCUCUCGUGGUGCAGGACACUGGGGUCAUCAUCCCACCUGUCAACUUCCUCAACAUACCUAUCUGCAGAACUGUUCGUGUGCAGCCACCAGCAGUGGGUAGGAAAGCAGAAAAGAAGCUCUCUCAAGAGGCUGAGGAAGAUACAGGACCUUUCAUCUUUUCACCCUUCAGUUCCUUGACCAGCAAUACCCAGCGUGCACAAGGCAAAAUGGAUUUCGACUGGGUGGAAGGAGAUGUGUGUGAAGUCAUCAUGGAUUUGGAAAACCCCAUGCCUUUUGAACUCAAAGUUGCAAGCAUGAUGCUGAUAACAGAAGGAGCUCAAUUUGAGUCUUGGACUUCGACUGUGGUGCUGAAGGCUGAGAGAGGACCCCAGCCUGUAACACUGCGAGGACGACCUCAGGGUGCAGGAGAACUGAAGAUAACAGGAUACUCAUCUACUGUGAUGGGUGUUAGCAGCAACUGUAGGCUGAAAUUUAUACCACACAUGAAGAUUCCUUUCUACACCAUCAAUGUUGUCUCAGCCUUGCCUUUUAUACAGAUAUUGACAGCAAAUAGUAACACUGGAAAUCUUGGGAGUGAAAGAGCAGUCAGCGAAGAGAGUGGGAACCUGCAUUUGUCUUUAUCGGCUGGAGAAACUCAGGAGUGUUCUGUGGUGCUGCACAACAUCUCUUCACAGCCAGUGGAGGAGAUUAGCAUUGCCCUAGAGUCCAAGAUGGACAAGACUUUGCUCUCCCAGGUGUUCCAGUACAGCGAAGAGAACAUCCAAGCCCAGCUUCCCAUCCAGCCAGGUGGUAAAGCAUCAGUGACAUUGUAUGUGUAUGCAUCGUCUGAUUUCUUAUGUCCCAGCCGCAUGAUGGACGAAUCCCUUGAGACCAGCAGUUUGGUGUCUGGCAGUGAACCUCCAUCCCUUGUGUCUGGUGGGCCCUCAUCAUUGCCUUCCAGACAGUCAGUGGCAACUUCCAGCACUCGUGGGGCACGCACUAGGCGGACAGAUUCCUCAGCAUCGCUGUUGUCUUCGAGAUCAGGGUCGAGCGUUAGAUCUGGGUCAUCCUCAUCAACCCAGGCACCUUCAUCCACUGCCAGAACAAGAACCACUCUCAACACAUCUGCUUGCACUGGAAGGACUUUAGAAGCUACCAUGCAAGUUAAAUACUCAGGUGGAUCGGGACUACUUGCUGACUACUGCCGUAGUACACAAGUCACAGUCACGGUGGAUGUAACCCCCUCUCUGUUGGUCACAAGAUGGGAUGUCCUGCCAGCCGAAUUACCCCACCAGUGUUAUGUUGUACUUGACCUGCUCAACUGUGCCACUCAUGAGAUGGACCUGCAUUAUACUCCUACCAAACAUAUACUGAUUGAGGCUGGAGACUCUUGCAGGGUACCCAUUCCUAUUGACCGCUGCCCUCUCGCCACCCUCACACAGAAUGGCAGUGACAAUGAGAGCGGGUGCGGUUGGUCAUCGGUGUUGGGUAACCAUGUAGCCUCCUUGGUGGAGCUACGCUGGACUCAAGGCCCCUGUGACACUCCAGGCCGAGCGUCUCUCACUGGCAUCACUUUCCCGCCUGCUACACAUGACCUCAUUACCAUGGCACCUAUACAUUGGGAUGUCCAAGUGGAUGGCCAGGAUGUUGUAGGUGGAACAGAAAACACUGGUAUGGUAGGAAGAACUUUGGAACUUUGCGUGGGAGUUACAAACACAAGUGGUGCUCCUCUUCCUCCUCUGAGCCUUAGAUUAACAGCUUUUCAAGACCACCAGAAUGGCACCUUGAACUACCGUCUUGAUGCCAAGAUGACUACUACGGGAGCGACUAAACUUACUACUCCACAGCUGGCUGAGGGAGAAGAGUUCCGGCAUUGUUGCGGGCUUGUGUUCUUCACAGCUGGAGUCUACAAAGUUGAGGUGACUUGCUCUCCAGCGGCAGCCGUGACCCAGACUUCGUUUUAUGAAAACAUCACCCCAGCGCACCAGCAUGCAUGGAAGUUUGCUCCACCACUUGAAAUAACAGUAACUGAUGCCUGAGUUUCAUAUAUUGAAUAGAAGACAUAUUCGAUUUGUAGAGGUUGCCUUGUCCCAUUAAAAAAUGAAAGAAAAAGUGAAAGAAAAUAUACAUUGCAUACAGCAUAGAAUACCUCCUUACUUUGAACUUAGAAGACUACCAUGACAGACUGUAAGUGCCACAGAGAUUCACCUGAAGGAUUUGUACAUAGAUACAGACUGGUGUAUCUUUGUGAACUCUCGCUUUGGGAAGGCUUGUGAAGUAAGCUGUUUGUACACUAGCCAUGUAAGUACAUUGUUAUGUUACAAUACUUGCUGUAAAUAAUUAUUUGAAAAUAGUUUUUUUCCCCCCAUACUGCAGAUAUGAAAAGAAUGACAGUAUUUUCAUGAUCACAAUUAUCAGUAUUAUGGUAGUUGUCUUCCCUAAGGAGAGAAGAAAUUAUGGUAUCUUUUGUGAUACCCUGAAGAAGUUCAUGUUGAACAUGGUAAUGGAGAAGAAGAAAUAACUCAUCUUGGAAGAAUGGUUCAGGUUUCUUUGCUGGUUUAGUGAUUUAUCCAAUAUCAGUGACGAUUAGUUCUCAAAAUUACUCAUCAUUUCUUUAGGCUUAUAUUUUGUAUACUACAGGUACUUGAGGAAUGGUUGUAAAUAUAUGACAUUUCAUUGAUUUGGAAAUGUGCCAGCUCGUUCUCUUGAUGGUUAUUUGAAAUUAGUUGAUUGUAAAUUGUGAUUGAAGCAGUUGAUUAGGCUGUUAUGUAAUAGCAAUAUUGUUACUCAGACUGGUUGCUUCCAGAAAUAUGUUUAUGAUUAAGUGAAGAAUUAGAACCAUGCAGAGACUAUAAUCUUCUAAAACCUUCAUGAUCAAGGUUUGUGUACAUUCUUAGCAAAUGUGGAAACAGAGACCGACCAUUAGGCUGUACAUUGGUUACUGUUUAAAUUAAUUUAUAUAAAGCUGAUAAACUGCAUUAUUACAACCAAAGUACCAUAGAGUGAUAUGUAUAUUAAGCACAUAUUAUAUAGAUGUAAAGAUACUUCCUAUUCAUAUGACAUGUACAACAGCACAACAUUUGUGCAUUUGAACCUUGUGAUAUGUAAAAUUGAGUGUAUGAUACUGUAAAGAUUAUUGUAUAAUUACCUAUAGCUGUAAAUUAAUCUUGUGUGCUUUACAUUGCAAUAAUUUAUAUGCAUCAAAGAUGUUAAGUCUAGAUUAAAAAGAUAGUUCUAUAAUAAGUGAUGUAAAAACCCUCGUCCCCUUCCUUCAUAAGACAGACCGUAAAUGUGAUGCAGUAGGACCUGCCAAGGAUAGCUUAGCCGUGUCUUCAAGUCAUCGCUAGAGGCAACUCUCUAUUAAACAUUUGCUUCUCUUUCGUAGGUAGUAACACUCUCCUAAAAAAAAAAUUUUUUUUUUUUUUUCUUCUUCUUCUUCUUCUUCUUCUUUCUUUAUUUCUUUUUCUUUUUAGUUAUUAUAUCGUGGGUGUGAUUUGUUUCAUAUGAGAAGGUAUCAUUUUUGCCUGCUAAAGACAUCUUGCUCUUUUCAUACUUGGGGUCCCAAGGUGGAUUCAUUUACUGCUGCAUCAUGUUGCAUUGUAAAGUUCAAAGAUAUGUACAGUACAGUGAAAUAUUAGCUCAUAGUAAUUGUUACUGGAAAGUUAUAAGUUUGUAACCAAUUAUUUUUUGUCUUUGAUGCUGAACACUGUAGGCUAUGAUAUUGUAAAAAAAACAAAACAAAACAACAAAAAAAAAGGUUUGCUAUUCAUAUUCUUGGUUUUGGUUAAUGUGAAAAGUCCCCUCAUGUAAAAUGUAAAGAAUGAAACAAGCUUUGUUAUAGAGUGAGGCCUUUGAAUAUACUCAAGAAGCAAUACUUCCUUUUUUGAAAAAUGAUAGUAAUAAUAAUCAUCGUCAUGGUUACUGGUUUCUGAUUCAGUAUUAGAUCAAGUGCUGUAAGAGUUAUCACAUUCUUGCUCACUUCGUUGUGCCUUUAAACCAGUGUAAACAAGUUUUUACAGACGUUACCUACAUCAGUGCCCGGUUGUCCUUCAUUUCAGAAAUGCCAUUUAAUGUGUACAGUGCUGUCCUAAAUGCUAUUUCAAGGCAAUUAUGUGUGUAAGACCUUUGCAUCAUAAAAUUCACUCUAGACUAUGUGACGGUUCGUUUCGCUUUCAUAUCAAAAGCUGAUGCUAAUAUCCUAUUUGUUUGGUUGCUGUAACAGGUAAACGCAUAAUUAUCAUUGACUUAAUUCAAAAUUAUGUAUUAAAAAUACUGAGUCAGGUAAUACCAGAUUUUUAUGAUGUUAUUCAUCUUAAAUUUUGUAAAAAGGAAAUGAUACAAUUGUUUAAAAAGGUAAAUUGAUAAUUUAUUAUUUUAACAAAUUAAAAUAAAGCACAAAAAGAGAUAAGAAAACACACACUCUCACAUUCACUCACACACACACACACACACACUCACACUCACACUCACACUCACACUCACACUCACACUCACACUCACACACACACACACACACACACACACACACACACACACACACACACACACACUCACUCACUCACUCACUCACUCACUCACUCACACUCACCACACACACACACACACACACACACACACACACACACACACACACACACACACACACACACACACACACACACUUAGAUUUUCUCUACUAAAUCCCAAAGCAUUUCUGCACAAAGAAAAAAUCAGUAAAUGUAAUCAACAUCUAUGUAAUGAAAGGCAUUCCUUGUCAGCAAGUAAGGAGCACGAGUGAUGGAAACGCCCGCAGGAGAAGAAAGACGGAGGAAGAUGAUCGUAGUUGAUUUUGUGUCGAGCUAGAUAUGCCUAGCGGAGUUUAGAAAAGUACUCUUACAUUGGAAUUUGUACAUUUUGAUUGUUUUCCUUUGCUCACAGUUGAUUUAGCUGUUGUAAUAUUUUGUAAAUGAUCAUUAUUCAGUAGUUGUGAUUAGAUCCCUUCCAGUUAUUGCCUUAUUUUAUAUAUGUGCACAUAUAUCUCUUAUAUUUGGGUGUGUGUGGUUGAGACUAUGAGUGAGUAUAAAAGUGUGUGUGUAAAUUUUUGUUGAGCGAGUGUAUGUACGUCAGAGGGUUUGUGUGUAAACUUGUACAAUAUGUCUAUGUUGCUCUGCAUCUUUAUAAUGAUUAUAUUUUUUUUUUCUUUUUGAUUUUAUUAAAUCUGAGUUGUGUUUAUUUUGUGUUUUCUUUAGCUCGGCAUGACAGGCUGACAUAGUAUUGCUGCUUGAUAUCUUGGCUUUAUUCUCCUGUUUGUGUUUUAAUUUUUUGUCUUAUUUAGAUCAUAUUUGUCCCCAUCCAAGCAUAUUGAAACAAAUAAUCAUUUUGGCUUUAGUCAUAUUUGGUGCCAGUUGUGAAACAAAAGCUGAUAAUUGUUAAAACUUCUACUUCCAUGCACCCACAUAACACUUAAACUCACUCCUGCACCCACACCCACAACUACACCCCCAUGCACACACACACUUAAACUGACUCACACUUUGUUGUGCAUGAUUUAACCUUUUUUGUUGAGGUCGUCAAGUAUUUUUUCCCUUUAAUAUAUCCACAUGAUAAAUCUUACAUCUAAGCCUAGCAUGUUCUGUUCUUAAUCCUUGUUUGUGAAUCUUCAAGCUUGUUACUUUCUUCAACAGUUCAGUGUCCCUUUCUCUCUAAUUGUUUAUUAUUAUUUGUGCAUAGAUUUUGUUUAGGGCAGAUUCUAAAUUUCAUGUCUGUAGGUUUCCCCUUUUGUUUCAGUACAACUGCCUCAUUUGGAGAAAAAAUGUGAAGCUUUAUCAAGUUAUAUUGUUCCAGUGGUUUUCUCCAGUGUUUUGUGUAUCAUAUAUAUGUAUACAGUAUACAGUAUAUAUAUACACUUAUAAAUGUAUCCCUAAGAUUGUUAUAUCUGUAUAUAAGUUUGUAAAAAUCUUAUGAACUCAUCAUUAAUAAAGUUCUAAAGAGUGA